AUGUCACUUGACGACGGCGUUACCACACAACAAAUUAAGUCACUUGAAGAUGGCGUCACCACACAACUAAUUAAGUCACUUGACGACGGCGUCACCACACAACAAGUUAAGUCACAUGACGACGGCGUCAACACACAACUAAUUGAGUCACUUGACGACGGCGUCAACACACAACUAAUUAAGUCACUUGACAACGGCGUCACCACACACCUAAUUAAGUCACUUGACGACGGCGUCACCACACAACAAAUUAAGUCACUCGAAGACGGCGUCACCACACAACAAAUUAAGUCACUUGACGACGGCGUCACCACACAACAAGUUAAGUCACAUGACGACGGCGUCAACACACAACUAAUUGAGUCACUUGACGACGGCGUCACCACACAACUAAUUAAGUCACUUGACAACGGCGUCACCACACACCUAAUUAAGUCACUUGACGACGGCGUCACCACACAACAAAUUAAGUCACUUGAAGACGGCGUCACCACACAACAAGUUAAGUCACAUGAAGACGGCGUCAACACACAACUAAUUAAGUCACUUGACGACGGCGUCACCAAACAACAAAUUAAGUCACAUGAAGACGGCGUCAACACACAACUAAUUAAGUCACUUGACGACGGCGUCACCAAACAGCAAAUUAAGUCACUUGACGAUGGCGUCACCAAACAACAAAUUAAGUCACAUGACGACGGCGUCAACACACAACUAAUUAAGUCACUUGACGACGGCGUCACCACACAACAAAUUAAAUCACAUGACGACGGCGUCACCAAACAGCAAAUUAAAUCACAUGACGACGACGUCACCAAACAACAAAUUAAGUCACUUGACGACGGCGUCACUACACAACAAAAUAAGUCACAUGACGACGGCGUCACCAAACAACAAAUUAAGUCACUUGAUAACGGUGUCAACACACAAAAUAUUACAAUGGAAAUCACACGACGGCGUCACCAUGCAAUUGGUUUUAAUAUAUGA